AUGUCAGACACCCUUUGCACCCUUUAUGUAUCGCUGGAAAAAUUCUCAUGUAUACCAGUAUACGAACUACAGCAGAAAUUGGAGGAUUCUAAUGUAAAUUCGAAAAUUAUCGCAAUGGAAAAUGUCAUCCUUGGGACGCUAAAAGGAGACGAUUUAUCCUCCCUACUCAUACCAAUUAUCCGUUACGUUAUAUCUUCCUCAGACCACAAGCUCAUAAAGCUGGUGCAUCUCUAUUUUGAAAUAGUUGAAAAAACCAAUCCUGAUGGCAAUAUCAAGGAAGAAAUUAUUUUAGUUUGUAACGCUUUGAGGAAUUAUUUGCACGCGCCUAACGAAUAUGUCAGAGGCUUGACACUAAGAUUGCUGUGCAAAAUUAAACACUGGAAGAUAAUAUCCCCUUUGGUGCCAUCAGUAAUCCAAAAUUUGACGCACAAAGAACCGUAUGUAAGGAGACACGCUGUGAUGUGUGUUUCAGCAAUAACUCGUCAAUUUGGACAUGAUUCUGUUCCAGAUCUAAUUGGGCACAUAAAGAAGAUAUUGCUGAACGAAUCAGAUACCUCGGCCAAGUGUAAAGCGUUCCAACUGUUAUUACAAUUUAAUCCCUCGUUGGCUUUACAGUACAUACUAUCGAUCGAAGACUCUCUUAUUACUAGCGGUGAUAUUUUUCAGACGGGAAUUGUACAAUCGCUUAAUAAAUUUGCUGCAACUGAUCAAGCUUGCAAGACAAUUGGCAUCCGAAUUGUGUUGUUGCUAAUGGAAACGGUUCAGGCUAUGAAUGUUAUUUAUCAGGGAGCAUUGGCACUGCUUACCGCCGGUACUACUUCAAUUGAAGCAAGAAAGAUCACAGCUAAAACAUUUGUAAAUAUACUUAUUUACCAGCCAGAUGUUAAUAUCAAACUUAUUACCCUAUCUAAUCUACGAAAACUGUACGAUAUUUCAAAUAAAGCUGGGGAUCAUCCUAAUGUCCUAGAGGCACAUGUAAUUGACAUAACUGGAGUGUUGAAUAAUCCUUAUCAUAUGAUUGUAAAGGAAUGUUUGUCAUUGUGUUACAAAAUAUUGAAUGAAAGUAAUGUGGGACAGGUUUUGUCCAUUUUGAAAAAGGAAUUCAUUAAAUCCUGUGUCAUUGACGAUCAGUCAGUGGAGAAUUAUCAGGUUACAAUAAUAAAGGCUUUAAUGCAAAUUUGCGAACUGUUUCCGCAGGAAUCAGAGAUUGUAUUUGACUUGUUUGAAUGCCUAAAUAUGGGCACUAGAAGCACAAAGUAUCACAUAGCCAUUUUUAUACGCAAAUUGUUUAACAUGGUUCCUGAUUUUAAAGGCGGCACCAUAAAGAAGUUGUUGCCCAUUAUCCCGCAAAUUGAUGAUGUAAACGUUAUACGCAUUUGUUUUAGUAUCAUUUAUCAUGCGCCAUCUGUUAAUAUGUCUGUUGAACUUAUUGAAUUAUUUUACGAUUCAAUACAACCAUACCCACUAGUAGUUUCAUCUCAGUACAUUGAUGACACUGAGGAAUUUAAUAGUUAUACAUCCAACCCGAGCAGGCAACCAAUCUCCGCUGGUACCAAUCUUCGUAAAGCUGUAAUGACAGCUGAUUCACUUCUGCUAUCAUCGUUGGCCUCCCUGUUGUUGAACUGCGUUUGCAAUGAAGCGGUCUCCGCAGCAAUAAUCGAAAAGGCUUGUAUUAUUGUGGCAAAUUUGUUGAUGGUGGGGAAAAACGCCGGACUUGAGAGAGGUAGCAUUGUAAGAAUCACUCAUGCCUUGAGAAUUUUGGUUGACAAAUGUCAAGGUCUACCAACUCAAAACGUCGAAGAUUCGUAUUUUGAAUCUUACAAAGUAUCUCUUGUUAGCGAUGAUUCUAAUGAUAAACUUGCCAAACCCAUAAAUAAUUACGUAACUGCACCUAUAACAUUCCGGCUGCUUGGUUGCGAAAGUGCGUCGAUUUUAAAUGAAGAUACCUGCCAAAAUGAGACAAAUUUGUUGGUUAACCAAACAGAAAGCUAUACUCUAACUGAUAAAAUACCAUUUCAAAUGACAGGAUUAGGUGACCCAAUUUACAUAGAAGUAAUAACUGAAGUUGUAAACUCGGAGCUUAAUCUUAUGAUGUCAAUCACAAACACCACAAAUUUAUUGCUUCAAAAUGUGUACAUUGAACUUUAUACCCAGGGGGAGCUCAAAGUGAUGGAUCACCUUCCUACAUUCAAACUAUCUCCAAAUGAGUCAAUAAAUAUGCGUGCAAGAGUACGUGUAAAUUCCAGUGCCAUGGGAUCUAUUUUUGGUUAUGUAUUUUACGAACGGAAGGCUUGUGGGAGGCCUGAAGUCCUGAACAUUUCUCCCAUAAACAUAAACAUGAUCGAUUUUGUCACACCAACCUUCAUAAAUUCCGAUGAAUUUCGGGCCAUGUGGUCUACUUAUGAAUGGGAGAAUAAGAUAUUUGUCCAGACAAAUAUAUCUGACCCUUCACUAUUCUUAGAGAAACUUAUUAGCUGUACCAAUAUGACGGUAGCCGGGCGUAUACCACCAAAUGAACUUAUAAAUGUCAAUGGAAAACCCGUUAUUCAACAGUAUAUUGAAUAUCUACGUGGGUUGAAAGAUUUGAGAAAUGUUCUAGAUACUUGCUCAUUUUUCGCAGCUAAUCUGUUCUUAAGGACAAUUUUCAAUGAGGAUGCGUUAAUUAAUUUGAGUAUUUCAAAGGAUAAGAAGGGGCUAUUGAAAGGGAUAAUACGGGUUAGAUGUGAGAAACAAGAGACUGUGAUGUCUCUGGGGGAAAGGAUAUCGCUGGUGCAACGUUGUUUCUCGUCUUCGCCACUCCCAAUCCCCAAUGAAUCCAUAUUAAGUAGCUAA